GGCAGCAAUGUCACAGUGAAGGACCCGGCCGGCCCUGCCCUUUUUGUGAUGCUCUGACUCUCCGUGCUGUUGAUACAGGAAUAAUUUCAGUUUUCUGAUAUUUUCCUUCAUAUAAAUCGAUUAAAAUGCCCUUGUUUGAAGGUUUGGGCAGUGGCGGAGAGAAAACAGCGGUGGUCAUUGACUUAGGAGCCGCGUACACAAAAUGUGGUUUUGCUGGAGAAACAGGGCCCAGAUUCAUCAUUCCCAGUCAAAUUAAACGCCCUGGAUCCCAGGAGGUUAUUGGUGUCGUUCAGUACAACAUUAACACAGAAGAGUUAUAUAAUGUCCUGAAGGAGUUCAUUCAUCUGCUGUACUUCAGGCAUUUGCUAGUGAAUCCUCGCGACCGGCGUGUUGUCAUUAUUGAAUCCAUCCUUUGCCCUUCACACUUCAGAGAAACGCUCUCCAAAGUCUUCUUUCAACAUUUUGAGGUUCCUUCAGUUGUGUUUGCUCCCAGUCAUCUGAUGUCCGUCAUGACUUUGGGUGUGCAGUCUGCUCUUGUUAUGGACUGUGGCUACACAGAGACUCUGGUGUUACCCAUUUAUGAAGGGAUUCCCAUCUUGUCAGCGUGGGAAGCUUUGCCACUAGGAGGAAAGGCCAUUCACAAGGAGUUACACAGUCUGUUAAGUGAACAGUGUACGGUGGACGCAGGUGCAGGUCUCCGUCUGCCCACUGUCAAAAGCUGUAUUUCAGAGGACAUUGUGGAGGACAUCAAAGUGAGGACGUGUUUCGUCAGUGACCUUCAGAGGGGCUUAAAGAUCCAGAAGGCCAAGUUUAACAUAGAUGGAUCAGAUGAGAGACCUGCACCCCCACCAGAUGUUGAAUAUCCAUUGGAUGGGCAGAAGAUUCUGCAUGUAAAGGGUUUCAUCAGAGACUCUGUAGCUGAGAUGUUGUUCGAGCAGGAUAACGAAGAGAAAUCCAUUGCUACGCUGCUGCUCGACACUUUAGUUAAGUGUCCCAUUGACACACGCAAGGUUCUGUCGGAGAACCUGGUGAUAAUCGGAGGGACGGCCAUGCUGCCUGGCUUCCUGCACCGACUCCUGGCUGAAAUACGCUCGCUGGUUGAAAAACCAAAGUACUGCGAUGCUUUGGCUACCAAGAGCUUUCGUAUCCACAGCCCCCCCGCCAAACCCAACUGUACUGCCUGGUUAGGAGGUGCAAUAUUUGGAGCGUUGCAAGACAUCUUGGGUAGCCGGUCUGUGUCCAGAGACUACUACAACCAGACAGGCCGUAUACCAGACUGGUGCUGUCUCAGCAGCCCACCACCUGAUUCAGUGUACGAAGCGGGAAAAACACCUCCACCGCUCAUGAAGAGAGCUUUCUCCACUGAGAAAUGAACCACAAUCAUCUCACAAAACUCUUCUAACAUCAUUUAUCUGCUUAUUAGAGAUGCUCAUGUAUGUUCACAACAGAAACAUCUGCACUUAAUAUAAAGUCGGAAAAAUCCACCAGAGGGCAGUCACCAUCAUAACAUAUCAUCUACAGACCUUCCUCUCUACUCGUGUGUGAAUGUAGCAGUGGUGUUGUAUAGAAAUCUCCAUUUAAAAUUGCGCACAACCUUAGUUAUCUGGCUUGAGUAAUUUCUUUUUAGAAGCACAUAGAAGGCCAUCAUGUGUAAAGAAAAAGUCCCACUUCAAUGUUUCAAUGAAAAUGUUGAAAAGCUCAAUGUUAUUUAUUUGGAUUGUAAAUAAACAUUACCAAAUUAGACUAUAA